ACCAGCGGAAGACUUUUGCCUGCAGCAAGCGAAGAAACAGCCCUGGCUAUUCCUUAUGGGCCAUAAAUUCACAGAAAAAAUCUCCUCCUUUCUCUUUGAAUAUGACACACCAAGGAUGGUUCUGGUGCACAACAAGAAGGUGGGCUUAACCUUCCGGCUGAUCCAGCUGGUGGUGCUCACCUACAUCAUCGGGUGGGUAUUCCUGUACGAGAAAGGCUACCAGUCUAAGGAUGGCAUCAUAAACUCCGUCUCAGUGAAGCUCAAAGGGAUUGCACUUACAAAUGUUAGUGAGAUGGGUCCAUACAUAUGGGACGUGGCGGAUUAUGUUUUCCCACCUCAGGGAGACAGUUCUUUUGUGGUGAUGACCAACUUUAUUAUCACCCGUGGGCAGAAACAGGAAACAUGUCCAGGGCAUCCUGAGACUGGGGAGUGUAACAAAGACACUAAAUGUGUUAAAGGAGAAUUUCUUCGUGGAGGUCAAGGAAUCAUGACUGGGAAGUGUGUGAAUUUUAGCCAUUCACAGAAGACCUGCGAGAUAUUUGGCUGGUGCCCUGUUGAAAUUGAUGACAACGUUCCGAAUCCACCAUUGCUCCUGGAAGCUGAAAAGUUCACCUUGUAUAUAAAAAACAGCAUUACUUUUCCCAAGUUUGGAGUUUCCAGGCGCAAUCUUGUUGAGCGAGUUAAUGAACGCUAUCUGAAAAGCUGUGUUUAUCACAAAGACAAGGAUCCACUGUGUCCUGUGUUUAAACUUGGACACAUGGUAGAAGAAUCUGCACAGAAUUUUUCUCAACUGGCUUUUAAGGGUGGCAUUGUUGGAAUCACCAUAAACUGGGACUGUGAUCUUGAUUGGUCUGUGAAAUACUGUGUGCCUGUUUACAAGUUCCAUAGGCUUUACGAUGAAGACAACAACAUCUCAAGAGGCUAUAAUUUCAGGUAUGCCAGAUAUUACAGAGAAAAUGGGAGAGAUCUAAGGGUUCUCUACAAGGUGUUUGGCAUCCGAUUUGAUAUCUUGGUGAAUGGAAAGGCAGGAAAAUUUGAUAUUAUUCCAACAAUGACUACUAUAGGUUCUGGGAUUGGUAUCUUUGGAGUGGCCUCUGUACUUUGUGAUCUGCUUCUACUGAAUUUCCUAUCUAAUCGGAACUACUACAAGCAGAAGAAGUUCAAGUAUGUAGAGAGGAAUUCUAUCAAAUCUGAAAAAGAAGACAUUGUCAUGGACAGCUUACAAGGGAAGGAAAAGAGUUCUCCGUGAAAUUGUAAGUGGAAAUGAAAAAUAAUGAUCAUAGGAGAAAUAAUCCAAUCCUCCGUCAUGUUACUUAAAUAAUGAAAUGUAUCUUCCCUCCUCUUCUUUCCAAACCUCACAAACGGCUUAGUUUCUCUGAUAGACAGAAAGCAGAAUCUAAUAAAAGAGCAAACAUCAUUGCCAUCAAAUUCUAUGCAACAGGUUUAUCCAUGCCCAGUAAGUGGGAAAGCCAAGAUUCCCCCACUUAUUUCCCCAAUUUUAAUUACUCAAAUAGCGAGUCUUAAUGUGAGUUCUUAAAGAUGUUUACAUAGUGGCUUUUUGAGGGUGAAAAUUCUAUCUAUGUUUGUUCGUUUCAGGGCUCAGAGUUCCAACCUUGUCUCUUCUUCCUUUCUUUCUGGUUUGCUGCAAAAGUAUGGGGAUUUAAUCAACCUUGUUCCCUUACACGCUGGCCUUACUUCCUGGGAAUCCUGUUUUACAGAAUCCUUCCAUGCUUUCAGCAUAGAACCCUGGAACCACACUGAGAAUGUGGUUUUAAAAUCACUCAGUUUGGAACAGUUCAGUUAUGUACUUACCACAAGGUGGAAGCCUCUGUCUGUGCCGCAGUUGUGUCAGUCUGAAGGAUUCCCAGGAGUGCACAAAACAGAAGCUGUAAGUGAUACAGUAGUUGCUAUCUUGUAGAUCUAGACAAAAUGCCAGGUUUCUAUCAGGAAUUCGUGAGCUGCCUCACAUUUGUCAGUGGCUACUAAGCUGCUGUAAUUACUUGGAACUGGGCAGCCCCCUGUAAGGGCUGUGUGGACUUUUCUCAGAUGAAAACACUUGUGCAGCCUUUCCCAACCAGGUGCCUUUCAAAUGCACUGGGACUACAACUCCCAGAAUUCCCAGGGAGCUACAUUAGAAGAAUCUUGCCACAUAAGCAUCUCUACACACUUUGGCUGGUAGGGGUUCUAAGCACUCCCAAGGGUGACAGUACUUGUGACCUUAAUGGCACAGCUGAAGGACUGUGAUAUGCACACACACUUAUACACACCUUUUCUACACACACAAACCCUCCUAUUCUUUUCAAUCAAUGGCACCAACUCCUGUUCAUAUUGCAUGAAUCAGGCAAAAGAGCUGCAGAGGUGUAUUUUGAAAGAAGUAAUUGUAUUUUGUUAAAAAGGGAGGAAGUGAGAGAAAGAGAGCAAUAAAAUUAGUUUUGGUGCUACCUC